AUGAACAGUAUUGUGGAAAUGGGUUUUCCGCGCCACGAUGUGCAACGAGCCAUGCGCAUGAGCUUCAAUAACCCGGAUCGGGCCGUGGAGUACCUGAUGAACGGACUACCGGAGGAACCUGCGCCAUCGCGACCUACGGCAGUCGCGCCGGGAACGCCAGCGACGCCGUCGCCUGCGCCCGCGCCGUCAACGGGCUCGGUGCCGCCACCGCGAUCGGGCAAUUUGUUUGAGCAGGCCGCAGCGAUGCAGGGCGGUGCUGGUGCCCAGGAGAGUGAGAGUCUGUUCCCUGAAGACAGCCAGGGUCGUCAGGUCAUUGACUUUGGCAGCCCACAGACGUUGCAGCAGCUACGUACGCUUCUGGAGCAAAACCCCGCGGCAUUGCAGCCGCUUAUACAGGCGCUCGUGCAGUCGAACCCUCAGCUCGCGGAGGCAAUCAGCCAGGACCCCGAGGGUGUGUUGCGCAUGCUCGCUGGUGAAGGACUAGAGGGUGAAGACGCGCUAGACAUGCCGACCCUGCAGCAGCUGGGAGAAGAAGACCGGACGCAGGUCGAGCAGAUGAUCUCGAUGGGUAUUCCCGAGAGCAAGGCGAUCGAGAGCUUUUUCAUGUGUGGUCGCAAUCUGGAGAUGGCCGUGCAAUACUACUUCGAGGAGAACCCACAAGACUUUGAAGACUAA